CACAAUUCUACUUGUCCAGCCUACCAAGAGGCCAGAAGGCAGAACAUAUGCUGAUUAUGAAUCGGUGAAUGAGUGCAUGGAAGGAGUCUGUAAAAUGUAUGAAGAGCACCUGAAGAGAAUGAAUCCAAACAGUCCAUCCAUUACGUAUGAUAUCAGCCAGUUGUUUGACUUCAUUGAUGACUUGGCAGACCUCAGCUGUCUUGUUUACCGUGCUGAUACUCAGACAUACCAACCGUAUAAUAAAGACUGGAUAAAGGAGAAGAUCUACGUCCUCCUCCGCAGGCAGGCCCAGCAAGCCAGCAAAUAAUGGGGGCACCAUCAUUAAACGGGUUUGGGGGAGGGCUUGGACAACAGGCGUGUACAGAGUGUAGUAGUGAACGUUUUGUAUUAUAGUCAUCCUGUUGCCAUCUUACUAAACUCUUUAGCCAGGACUGAAUGUAUUGUUAGAGAUGCAAGGAUUUUGUUGGGUUUGACUUUUUUUUUUCAGUGUAAAUGGAGAAGAAAGUGUAACAUCUUCAGCAGAGUUUUAAUUUGUUUUUUUCCUCUUGUUAGCUAAUGGUCCUACCUUAUUUGAACCCCGAGGGCUGUUCACAUUGUACUUUGCCACAUUCACUGUAUGUGCCCUUUGGUGGGGUUUCCAACAUUCAGUUAUGUCCUCCAGAUGGUCUUAAUGGGGAAUAAAAAGAUACCCUUUAGUUAAA